UGUUGCUUGAGUUGGUCCUUGAGUUGAAGAGUGUUUAUUCCUGGCAAAUGCCGUUGCAAAAUUCGCAGACAGUUUUCAGUCUGGCUUCUGUGCUUCCCCGAUAAGAGUAACUUCAUAAACUAACUAAACCACCUUCAUAAACUAACUAAGAAGGUAAACUAGCUUUUUCACUCAAAAAUAUCGGGCAUAGAUAACGAGCCGCCACUGAAUCUUGCCGCCAGUCGCCGACCCGGUGGUUGACAGUUCUGCCGGGAGUGUUUUUAAACGCGGUUCACGUGCAGCCGGCCGAGAAUUUUGAGAAAAUCACAGGAAAAAAUGGCAUUGGUGCGAAGAAUCGCGGGGAUCUGCUUGCGGCAGUUCCUUGUGUCUUCCAGGAGUCUCGCACAACCAAUUUCUGCACGCAGGAUAGCGCCCGUUAUUAAUUUUCAAGCACCUUUCUGUACCACGCCAAACCAAAACGAUGAGCUAGGACGAUUGCAGCCUCGAAAGAUGACCCUCGUGUACACUUGCAAAGUUUGCCAGCACCGAAACACGAACACAAUUUCCAAGCAGGCCUACGAAAAAGGAGUUAUCAUAGUAACCUGCGAUGGGUGUAGGAACCACCACCUCAUAGCGGACAACCUGAAUUGGUUCACGGAUUUAAACGGCAAACGGAACAUCGAGGAUAUAUUGGCUGAAAAGGGCGAAAAGGUGACUCGAGUGAUCGAAAUAAAUCCAGAAAAGUAGAGUUAAAGUUAAAUUUGACGAACAAAAACACCAAACCAG